AUGUCGUUCCGGCCGAUGUUGCAACAGCGGGCUGUGGCUCCGUUCGCAGCCGCUCUCCUCGCAGGAGGCAUGGCUUUGUAUCCCAGACAGACAGCUUACGCAGAGGACCCUCGAGAGAGGAAACCUAUCUACGAUGAUGACUUCUCAUCUGAGAUCCCUGCUCCCAAGCCUGUCGCACCUGAGCCCGUAGCUCCCGCGGCUCCUGUGUCAAGCAUCUUGCCCUCGUUGCAAUCAUCUCCUUCUUCGCCGACCCCGACAGAUAUCCUGACCUCCCAGGUUCGGCAAGCUCGGCUCUUUCUCUAUUCGCAUUCCCUUGCCGCCGAGCAGGGCUUCAAUGACUUCCUGUCUCGCGCCCUGAACAUUGAAAACGCCUUCACCAACACCGUUGCAUCGCUCGCUCCCUCCCCUGAGUCCGGAGAGCGCCUCGCCCCCGGUGGUGUCUAUGUCGUCGUGGCCGCUAUGGCCGGCUCCAUUGUAUCGCGCAACCGCGGUAUUUUUCUCCGCACUAUUUCGCCACUUGCAUUUGGCACUGUUGCAGCUUAUGCUCUGCUCCCGGUUACUAUGAGAAAUGUUGGAGAUUUGGCCUGGGAGUACGAGAAGCGCUUCCCUGCUGUGGCCGAACAGCACAUUGCUGCUCGGGAGCGAGCGGAGCGAUUCAUCUACACUGGUAUCGCUCACAGCGCUAUGGGUCGCCAGAUGCUGGAAGACAAGAUUGGCGAGGCUCGGAAGAAGCUGGAGGAGAUUGUGACCAAGGGUCACUAG